AUGAAACAGACACUGGGCAGCCCAGACACUUGGGCUUAAAUCAUGAAAAAAACACUGGGCAGCCCAGACACUUGGGCUUAAAUCCCUUCUUAAAUCUCUACUGUAAGAUAAAAACCUACAGAAAAGAAGCCCACCCACGAUUGAAAAUAGGUCAAAAAGGAGUAAAUAGUGAUUCCUGUGUUUUUGCCUACUGUUCAUCGAGCUGCUGUUCAUCGAGCUGCUGCUUUUGCCUACUGUUUCUUUGAGGGCAAGCCAUGGAUGCUGAACCAUCAAAUCUGAUGAGGGGUACGGUGACCGGCACAGCUGUGUUCGGAUUUGUGAUUCAGUCGGGUAUCUUGUUUGCUUCUGAUACCAGGCUUUCAAAUGGUUUAGAAGCAAAAAAGGUCUUUCCGGUGGGCCGUUCACCUCACACCCUAUUAGUCGGUGGGUCAGGAACUUACAUGUGUUGGGAUGACAAGAGAGAUGCUUUGGCAGGAAUGUGUGUUGGAUCAAAUCUCACAGUCAGUCAAGCAGCAGAUUUUGUGGAAAAGAUGAUGCGCGAAAAAAGGAUGACUGAACCUUACCACCGUAUGCUGAUCGGUGGUGGUGGUUCUACUGAUGAAGGGCCCAUUAUCUAUGUGCUAGAAUCUAAACCUGUCAAGAAGUUGUUGGGGGAUCUUUUUUUCAUUGGGAGUGGAUAUGAACAUGUUGGCAAGUACGUGCGCAGUGAGCUUUAUCGGACCCGGAGGCAUCCGAGAGACAUGACUUUACAGGAAGGGAUAGAAUAUGGUAAGAAGGCCAUAUUGUAUGCUAUGUUGAGGGAUAGCCACACGGGUGGCAAUGUCAAUGUUCAUUUCCUGUCGAAUGACACUGGAAGAUGCCAGAUAUUGGUCCAUGAAGAGAACAUGAAGCAAUUAUUGGGAGGCCGAUAUCUCUCUCUAAGACAUGAGUGGGAGGAGGAGGAGUCGAAUCUGGACAGGGAUGAAUUAUGAACUGUUUUGAGUUUUAGAGACAUGAGUGGGAGGAGGAGUCGAAUCUGGACAGGGAUGAAUUAUGAACUGUUUUGAGUUUGGGAAA